GAAAAAAAUUAGUGCGCACAAAAACAAUAAAAAUUGUUGUGAUUACAUGCUACAAACACGGAAAAAUUUACAAACUAAACGAAAUCUAAUCCCAAUUGAUAAAUCAAUAAAUUAAAGGUUGUCGAAAUAAAGGAUGAGAUGGCUACCCUAUUAGAAAAUACGAAAGCGAUGACUGAUUCGGAAACUCAUCUACUAUCCUUCAGCCUUGACAAUUUGGAAAUAGAUCCUACCAGGCCUCAUAAAUAUCCAGGAAAUAUUGUGGAAAAGGAUAAUGAAAUGAAAAAAUCUUAUCCAACUGGUUGUAUUAUAUGCCGUUGCAUGAAUACAAAAUCUCUCACCUGUGCAUAUCCUCAAAGACCAAAUACUGAAAUACCAUCCAAAGAUUGUAUUCUAAGGCCACCUAGAUUAAACAGAGUAGAACGAUGCAAGCAACAAUAUGCUGCAGCAUCUCCUGUACCUGUAAAUCGGAGGUUUCAUCGUAAACAAUUAAACCGAAAAUGGUCUACAGAUGAUGAAUUUUUAUCAGAAUUAUCAUUGAACAAUAAUAACAAUAGUAAUGAAUGUACAAAUGUCAUACCAUGCACUGAUGAUGUAACUAUAGAUGAGUUGGCUAGUUAUUUUGAAGAUCUAGUGCACAUUCCUAAAAAAAUGUCUGACAUGGCUGAACUGAUGUAUAAUUAAAUGUACAUAUGUUGUAGAUCAUUAA